AACAACGAACCUUGUUCGAAACAAAGCAAAUCUACGACGAGUAUAAAAACAUAGCACGAGGUUGAACAAGAGAGUGUUGUGUUGUGUUGUGUUGUGUUGUGUUGUGUUGAGUCGAGUGUUUCAGUGUUCAUUGCAUUCACACACAUGAGAAACAUGAAGCAGCUGAUUCUGGUGGUGGCGUUUGCCUUUAUUUCUGUGGCUAUCUCCGGCACCAGAUCUGAGACUGAGACAGAGACACAUUCAUUCUCUCAAUCUCCGCUAUCUCUCCUCGAAAACGAUGCCGUUUCAGUUUCUCUGGACGCUGCAAAACCUCUACCUCUCAUGGUUCCCCUCACUCUCAUUCAAGGAGCUGCUUCCAAAGGAGCUGUUUGUUUGGACGGGACGUUGCCUGGUUACCACUUUCAUCCUGGAUUUGGAUCUGGUGCGAACAGUUGGCUUGUUGAAUUGGAGGGAGGAGGAUGGUGUAACACCAUUAGGAACUGUGUCUACAGAAAAACAACUCGUCGUGGUUCCUCAAAAUACAUGGAAAAGCAACUACCAUUUACGGGGAUAUUGAGCAAUAAAGCUGAAUAUAACCCUGAUUUCUUUAACUGGAAUAGAGUCAGAGUAAGGUACUGUGAUGGUGCAUCCUUCAGUGGAGAUAGUCAAAAUGAGGCUGCACAGCUUCAAUUUAGAGGACAAAAAAUAUAUUUAGCUGCAAUGGAGGAAUUAAUGUCUAAGGGAAUGAAAAAUGCCAACCAGGCUCUUUUGACUGGAUGCUCUGCCGGCGGUGUGGCAUCUAUCAUACAUUGUGAUGAGUUCCGGAGCUUGUUUCCAAAAUCUACUAAAGUGAAAUGUUUGAGCGAUGCAGGUCUUUUUCUUGAUGCAGUUGAUGUAUCUGGGGGGCACACACUGAGGAAUCUAUUCGGAGGUGUAGUUAGUUUACAGGAAGUGCAAAAAAAUCUGCCAAAAAGUUGUCUCAACCAAUUGGACCCAACAUCGUGUUUCUUUCCUCAAAAUUUGAUCAAGCAUGUUCAGACUCCAUUGUUUCUGCUGAAUUCAGCUUAUGAUGCAUGGCAGGUACAAGCAAGUUUAGCCCCACCUUCAGCAGAUCCCCAUGGCUCUUGGACUGCAUGUAAAUUAAAUCACGCAAAGUGUAACUCCUCUCAAAUUCAGUUUUUCCAAGACUUCAGAAAUGCAAUGGUAAAUGAUGUGAGAGAUUUCUCAAGGACACCUCAAACUGGAUUAUUCAUAAAUUCUUGUUUUUCUCAUUGCCAAUCUGAAAGACAAGAUACAUGGUUUGCUGAUGACUCUCCACUUCUUAACAAGAUGCCAGUUGCAGUUGCUGUUGGAAACUGGUAUUUCGAUCGGCAAGCUGUCAAAGAAAUUGACUGUCCUUAUCCAUGUGACAAUACCUGCCAUAAUCUGGUCUUCAAGUGAGUGAAAGUUUGCGGUCUUUUAUACAGCAGUCUGGUGCUCACAAUUUCAUCAUAGUGAUUGCCAUUUGAGCAUUUGAGAUUCAUUAUUUGUUACUGAAAAACAUUCUUGGCUGCGUUCUAUUCAUUAGAUGUAUCAUUAUAUUCACUAAUACGUGAGCUAAUAAGAUUUCUUUGGAUUUAAAAUCCAAAAUUUACGAUUAA